AUGCAGGCAUCCGCACCGACGCAGCAGGUAGGCAUCAGGAGCGCCUGGCCCGCGGCGGCGUCAGUCGCCCGUCAUCUCGCGCGGGCAGCCAUGGGCUUGACGUGCAAUAAGACGAUCCCGCUUUUUGUGCUCUUGGUGCUGGUGUGCGGGUUCGCGGUGCUGGAAGCCGGCCCGAACCCGAGGCCCAAGCCGCGAGCCAGGCCCAACAAGAACAAUAAUAAUAAUAAUAAUAAUGGCAACGGGAAUAAGCCCGCCGACGACCAGUACGACUACGAGAACUACGACUACGACUACUACAACUCGCUCACGCAGAAGCCCAAUGCACCAGGCAAAAAGCCUACUGCUGCACCACCACAACCACCACCACCAGAAGACCUUGACAGAGAGGAACCAGCUCCUCCACCUGGUCCCACAAGAGGAGACACUGCAUCAGCCCUCAUGGGGACAACAUUUUGCUUAGAUAUCCUGACUUUGCCACACAAGGAACCAGAUCCGCCCCCGUCGCCGCCGCAAUGCACCUUCGAAGGCGAAUCGUACCGGGACGGCGACGAGUGGCGGCCGGACGACUGCACGCGGUGCAUGUGCGACCGCGGCGCCAUCAACUGCGAAACUGUGAGUGGGUGCGGGUCCGCCGCGGCGCCCACCACGGGUUCCAGUCCGGGCGGUGAUUCGCCCAUCGACUGCCAGUACGUCAUUUGUCCGGAGGUGGACUGCGCCACUCAGUCCUACGUGCCGCUUGGACAGUGUUGCCCCGUCUGCGCUGGUACGUCAAAAAGUGUCGUACCGAACUAG